AUGUGCGACGAUACUGAUGACUCAGAGGAGGAAGAUCAAAAUAUUAUCGAGGGCGAUUUUGUCAUAGUCAAGAUUAGUGGAAAAUCUCGAAUUGUUCACUACGUCGCAAGAGUUGAUGCUUUCGAAGGAGAAGAGUUCGAAGGAGUGUUUCUCCGCCGGGUUUUAAGCGUAAAUGACCGAACUACUUUUAUUCUGGAUGUCGAAGAUGAAGCACUUUGGUCGAAGAAAGACAUUGCAAGAAAGUUACCAAUCCCUAGCAUUAUUGGAACUUCACGUCGCACCCAGUUCACGUUUUCUUUUCGAAAGUGCUAUACACCUGAGAUAGAAAAUGGUGGAGUUGAAGAUGAAAAAGAUUUCUACUUGGCAAGAGAAUAUAUUGAAUAUUUCUGCAAUGAUGGCUAUGUUUUGGAUGGAGAGGAUGAAGUUCAAUGCUUAGGCAAUGGGGAAUGGAGCCACGUCCCAACUUGCAAAGAAAUAAUUCGUAACGAUUCCUGCUAUGGACGUUGUGGAAAAAAAGAUGACUACUUCGAAUACACAUGUCAAUGUCACUAUGGGUGCGAGAAAGAGUACAAUUGUUGCUCUGACUAUCGCAAACAAUGUUUUAGUAACAAACAUAAUCUUUAUUAACUGCAACAGAAGCCAAUAGAGAUGAGCACUCAUCAGACGACACGCCGGAAUCUUGGAAUUAACGUUACGAUAAACUGUCAAAUAUUAUGGUAUAUUAAUAAAACUUUAGCAAC